CCACCAGGACUGGGUGUCCGGAGGGGGGCGGUUGAGGGCAAGGAGAAAGGCAAUUGAGGGGUGCUCGGGGAAGAGGGGAAGAGAACAGUGGAGGGCGUGGGGCGGGCUGGAGAAGAGUGGGAGGUAGCCUGGAAUGACAGUGGGUCCCUUGGGGCAGAAAGGACCAGAAUUAGGAGCAGAUGUCGGGGGACGUGGCCUGGUGCGGCAGAUGCGGGCCGGGGGGUGGGCACCGAGCUCCUUGCUGGAGGGGAUGGAUUUGUCUCAUUAUUUAAAGUCACGGGAGAAAGAGCGCCAACCCUGCUGGCGUUGAUGGUGACCAGAAGGUGGUGAGUACUUACUCUGCUGGGAAACAGAAGAGUGCUUCUUGAGUAAAAAGUAUGCCUCCCAAGUUCAAGCGCCACCUAAAUGAUGAUGAUGUCACUGGUUCUGUGAAAAGUGAAAGGAGAAAUCUUCUGGAAGAUGAUUCGGAUGAAGAAGAAGACUUUUUUCUAAGGGGACCAUCUGGACCAAGAUUUGGACCUAGAAAUGAUAAAAUUAAGCAUGUUCAGAAUCAGGUGGAUGAAGUUAUUGAUGUCAUGCAAGAAAAUAUUACAAAGGUAAUUGAAAGAGGGGAGAGACUAGAUGAACUACAGGACAAAUCAGAAAGCUUAUCGGAUAACGCAACUGCUUUUAGCAACAGAUCCAAACAACUUCGGAGGCAAAUGUGGUGGCGUGGAUGCAAAAUAAAAGCCAUCAUGGCUUUGGUUGCGGUUAUCCUUUUGCUAGUGAUUAUCAUUCUUCCAGUCUUGAAAUACCGUGCUUGAUUUGGUGGCAGACGUCUUCAUCACACAAAAUCUGGGACAAUAAUAGAUUGCUGCGUAAUUUAAAUGAAACUUAUGUAUAUAACUUUCAAAACUUCUUUUUCAAGAAACUAAGAGGCAAGUAUCACUUCAAAUUGGAGCAUUGAGAAUGUCCAGUUUUCUUCUUCCCUUCGAACAAAAUGGUUUUU